CCCUUUCUCCUCCUCCUGCCUCCGCGGCCGCUGCCAGACCUCGCCAGUUCAGACCCACGGGGCUGCCCUCCCCUGCUCUCUCCCCUCGCUGCCCGGGCCCGGAGCGCAGCACGGCCGCGCAGAUUCACGAUGUUGAAAGUCCUUUUCCUAACUAUGCUGACUCUGGCGUUGGUCAAGUCACAGGACACCGAAGAAACCAUCACAUACACGCAAUGCACAGAUGGAUAUGAGUGGGAUCCUGUAAGACAGCAGUGCAAAGAUAUUGAUGAAUGUGACAUUGUCCCAGAUGCUUGCAAAGGUGGAAUGAAAUGCGUCAACCACUAUGGAGGAUACCUCUGCCUUCCUAAAACAGCCCAGAUUAUUGUCAACAAUGAACAACCUCAGCAAGAAACACCAGCAGCUGAAGGUGUGGGUGCAGCUGCAAAUGCAGCUGCAGCCUCAGGUGCAGGCACUGGAGGAGUAGCAGCUAGUGGCAUGGCAACCAGUGCAGUGGUGCCAGGGGGUGGUUUUGUCGCCAGUGCUGCUGCUGAAGUUCAGACUAGCCGGAAUAACUUUGUCAUCCGGCGGAACCCAGCUGACCCUCAGCGCAUUCCCUCCAACCCUUCUCACCGGAUCCAGUGUGCAACAGGCUAUGAGCAGAGUGAGCACAACGUGUGCCAAGACAUAGAUGAAUGCACUGCAGGGACACACAGCUGUAGAGCUGACCAAGUGUGCAUCAAUUUACGAGGUUCCUUCACCUGUCAGUGCCCUCCCGGCUAUCAGAAGCGAGGAGAGCAGUGUGUAGAUAUAGAUGAAUGCAGCAUCCCUCCAUAUUGCCACCAAAGGUGCGUGAACACACCAGGAUCAUUUUAUUGCCAGUGCAGCCCUGGGUUUCAGUUGGCAGCAAACAACUAUACCUGUGUAGACAUAAAUGAAUGUGAUGCCAGCAAUCAAUGUGCUCAGCAAUGCUACAACAUUCUCGGUUCAUUCAUCUGUCAGUGCAAUCAAGGAUAUGAGCUAAGCAGUGAUAGGCUCAACUGUGAAGACAUUGAUGAAUGCAGAACCUCAAGCUACCUGUGUCAAUAUCAAUGUGUCAAUGAACCUGGGAAAUUCUCAUGUAUGUGCCCCCAGGGAUACCAAGUGGUGAGAAGUAGAACAUGUCAGGAUAUAAAUGAGUGUGAGACCACAAAUGAAUGUCGGGAAGAUGAAAUGUGUUGGAAUUAUCACGGCGGCUUCCGUUGUUACCCACGAAAUCCUUGUCAAGAUCCCUACGUACUAACAUCAGAGAACCGGUGCGUUUGCCCAGUCUCAAAUGCAAUGUGCCGAGAACUUCCCCAAUCCAUAGUCUACAAAUACAUGAGCAUCCGAUCUGAUAGGUCUGUGCCAUCAGACAUCUUCCAGAUACAGGCCACAACCAUUUAUGCCAACACUAUCAAUACUUUUCGGAUUAAAUCUGGAAAUGAAAAUGGAGAGUUCUACCUAAGACAAACAAGUCCUGUAAGUGCAAUGCUUGUGCUGGUGAAGUCGUUAUCAGGACCAAGAGAAUAUAUAGUGGACCUGGAGAUGCUGACAGUCAACAGUAUAGGAACCUUCCGCACUAGCUCAGUGUUAAGAUUGACAAUAAUAGUGGGGCCAUUUUCAUUUUAGACUUUUUAAAGAGUCCACUAGAGGCAUUUAAAUCAGCCAAAGAAUAUUAUUAUCUUAAAGCACUAUUUUAUUUAUAGAUAUAUCUAGUACAUCUACAUCUAUAUACUGUACACUCACCAGUAAUUCAAACAAUUACACCAUGGUAUAAAGUGGGCAUUUAAUCUGUAAAAAUUCAAAGUUUGUCUUUAUUAAUGUAUGUAAAUUAGACAUUAAUCCACUAAACUGGUCUUCUUCAAGAGAGCUAAGCAUACUCUAUACAAUGAAACUUGGAUUCUUUUCUGUAAAAGUGGGACCAAGCAAUAAUUAUCUUCUGUGGUGCUUAAGGAAACUUACCUACAGCUCCAGUGACAGUCUCACAAGGAGGCAGCCAUCAUAACAUUGAACAGCACGCAAGUUCAAGAAUGAGUUUUUUAACUGCUUUGUAAGAAAAUGGAAAAAGUCAAUAAAGAUAUAUUUCCUUAGAAAAUGAA